AAAAAAUGGAAAGUGGGAAUCGCAAAAAGGCGACGCGUAAUGAAGCCGAUACGGGACUAGGACGGAAAAGUAAACUUUCCGGGACUUUUUGUGCUUUAGGGAAUCUUUUCGGGAUGAGUAAGGAUAGUCAAAGUGCUGAUGUUGGAGGUGUUUUUGGUGCUUAUAACAGACACGAUAGGAAAUUGAAUAAAAGUAAUGCCCAACAACAAGAAAAAACCCAAAACACUUCCCCUACAAAUAAUACCAAUCAAGAAACAACAAGAAAUUCGAGACAAAAACCAACAGAACCAGAAUGGGUGCAACCUUUACGAAAUUCAGCAAAUUCAACCAAAAAGAAGAGUAUUUUUUGGGCUUAUUUCUUUUGGCUUUUUGGUGGAAUAUUCGGUAUUCACUUGUUCUAUUUAGAACGCGACACCCAAGCCUUUUUAACGUGGUCCACUUUCGGAGGAUACGUAAUGGGCUGGUUGUCAGACAUCUUCAAAAUCCCAGCAUACGUCCGAGAUUGUAACCAGGAUCCUCAAUUUAUCGAGGAUUUAAUUGAAAAGAUGAGGCGAAACAAAAAACCACCAUUUUCGACCAGUCGUUUCAUAUCAGCUCUGAUGGUGAGUUAUUUAUGGGGCCAAAUGGUUUUGCUGGCCAUACCCGAAGAGGAAAUUUACGGUAUCAAUUGGAAUAGCUACUUGCAUUGGUUUAUACCAUUUGGAGUGGCUUUAGGUGUUUGGGUUGUUGGUAAUAUAGGACGGGAACAAGGCAAGCUAUGGUUGACACUUGUAGUUUCCUAUUUGUGUUAUGCGACCCGUUGGUACUACUACGACGAAAACAUUUGGCUCACUGUAAUGAUGUUUGGUACCGCAUUUACUUUUGACACUUAUUCGAAAGAAUGGCGGAAAACACCUAAAAAGAAGAAGCCAUUCUAUCGACGAUUAGCCGUUUUGAUCUUCUGCGCCGUCUUGUAUAUCGGUAUAUGGUCAUCGUAUCUGUAUUUCAACGGUAAAGUGACCAACUCGGAAGGAGACGAAAUCCCGAUACACGAGGCCCUGCAUCAUUUCUUUUCCAGUUCGAUGUGGACAGACUUCAAACAAUCUUUGAACGAUUUGUAUCAGUAUGCGCAACAUCAUGGAUGGUACGAAAUCUGGAAACAACUGAUAGAUCUGUCGGAUCCGCAAGGCGAACAGAACGCCUACAAGAUACUGGGAGUCGGUCCGACAUCGAGCCAACAAGAAAUCACCGCCAGGUGGCGUAAGCUGAGCCGCGAGAAUCAUCCGGACAAGUGCAAGGACGCCAACAGGCUGCGCGAAGCCCAAGAACGAUUCAUGGAAAUUCAGCAGGCCUACGAAAUCUUGUCGAAUAUUAAGCACAAACGGAAUAGGAAGAAUAAAAAGUCAGUUAGGGACGAUACUGAAUUGUAGUUGUUUUGUGUUGAUUUUGUACAUAUUAUAGGGUUUAAUAAAUUUUUAUUUAUCAAUAUUUUCAUGUUUUGUUGGCAACACUGUAAUUUCAAAUUCGGUUAGAGUAUUAAAAAAAAAACACCUUUUCAACAACAUUUAAUUUAUUUUAGGCAUUCACAUAACUUCCAUCGGUUGACUUUGAAAACUAUACAUAUGACGAGGAUUUUUUCCUUCAUUUUGAUUGAUUUGACAUUUUGUUAACAAAAUUAUUACACAGAUUGGUGUAAUACAAAAUUUAUAUAAUUUCUAUGUUUUAUAUACAAAUGUCAGUCUUGUAAAGAACAUUUUAUUCCCCUGACCUGAUGCGUCACAGCCAUUUUUUUUUAGCACUCGAAAAACCUCUUUUUUUUUUUUAAUUUAGCCUCACAAAACAUUUCUAAUAGCUAUUAUGAUAAUUAUUAUUAUUGUUAUGAUUACUAAUUAAAAAAUUAACACUUAACGUAACCGGAUGUAAAAUAACGUUAUUACUACCGCCCUCUAAUAUGUCGUAGCCGCGUAAAUAGGGCUUCAGCGUCUUGUAGUCUAUCGUUAACGGUAAAUAGUAGGCGCCCUUUGUGUGCAAAACGAAUAUCGGCACGUUAAAGUUCACGUCUUGUUGGAUGUAAUUGUUUUUGGUGAUAGCGGCAACGUUGCCGUCGUGCAAAGGCUUGAUCAGAGGCGGCGUGUCUUCCGGGGGCGGCGUUGGGGUCUGGUGGUGUGGAUGGUUGAGGUCGGAGACACGAUUGUGACACGGCGGCGGUUCGGCACUGCUCGGCGGCGAACUUUGAUUAG